AUGGUCCGACGCCGGAGAUCGGACGGGGUCCGACCGCCGGCGUCAGGUGCUGGUCUGGCAGCAGUUGGUGGUCUGGCGGCGGAGGUGGUCUCAUUAACGGCGGUGAUGGUCGGCCGGCGGUGGUUGUCGGUCGGCGGUGUUGGUCGGCUGGCGGGAUUUCGGAGGCUGAAGUAUUCGGUUGGAGUUACUUGCGACGAAGGGGUGGAAGGGAUUUGAAGAAAAACCAGAUCCAGAUAUGGGUUGAUAUUCACCCAGGUGGCUUCCCUCUUCCAUCGAGUUUGCUUGGUAAGGACUCAGGGUGAUGUUGAUCAGGUGUUGCUUUUAGUCGAACACGUCCGUAGAGAAAGAUUUUUCCUUCGACCUCCCCAAGGCCAAGAGGGGAUACCUAUGGAAUCAGGUAAUCAAGCUCCAUCCAGUUAUUUGAAGUGGAGGUCUGUGCUUUGAGGUAUUGAUUUGCAAGUGUAUAAAUUGGGUACUACAUACAUUGUCAACCUCCUCUCUUUCUUCAAUAUUAGGGUGGGAAGUGAGAUGAGUAGCAAGCAAAAUAAACAAAGCUGCUGAGUGAGCUUUGUUUUGCCAAAGAUGUAAGGAUUUUGCUUGGUGAUAUAAUCGUCGUUGGGUUCUUUCAUUAUGGUCUGGGAAUUUCAGCUGCUGUAAGGAGUUCCACAAUUCUGGGUUGGGGCAUGAAUGAAGCAUAUAGUUAGUUAAGUGUACGUAAUGCAUUAACUAAAUCCUGGUAACUAUUGACUUUCAAUUUUUGCUUGACUUUUUCUACAACUUGACUUUCCUUUUAUUCUCUAUAUUUAUAUUUAUGCUUUGCUAACGGUUGUUUGCAGUAGCGAUGGGAAGUUACAGGCUGAGGCUAGGGAUCUCUUGCAAACCCGGUGACCUUAUAGAGGAUUUCAUUUACGAAUAUUAGCCAUAGUCAAAUGUAUUUUUGUUUACAAAAUAUACACAUGUCAUGCUAAUGGAAUCUAAAUUUAUGUUCAUUUAUUUGUUGAUUUCGGUGUUGAGAGUGAUUAUUGAAUUGUUAUUUACCUAAUAUAAUGAUUAUA